UGAAAUGAUUUUUUUACACAUUUAACUUAAAUCGAAGUACACGGCUUCGACUCAGCUAUACAAUUAUUAAUAGCGGCUAGAACUAUGAUAAUAAUUUGCUUGGCGCACAACAGUUGCAUGUCCCGGCCCCACUAUUAAAAUUACGAAAAAACAAACAACAAAAUCUCCAAAGAUUAAACUACAAUUAAAAAAGUUAGCCAAGUGUAUUUGAAGGCCAGCAGAAUGACGAAGCUUCAGGUGAUUGUGCAUCCAGUGAAAAAGGAAUUUAGACGCAAGCACUGUGGCUUCGAUCAUGAUACGCCCGAUGAUUUUGUCAAAUCGCAGUGGCAAACCUGCACAAAGAGUAUGGCAUAUUUGUUCUAUCGCUGGUUCAUGGCUCUCUUCUUUAUCGCCGUUGUCAUUAAGUCCAUGUGGCCGCGAUCCGAUGACGAGUCCUGCUACUGGCUAUACUUCAUCUAUAUGACCAAUUGGGGCAUAUGGAUGUGCAUGCUAACCAAUUUACUGGGCGCCAUACUCGUUACCAUUUGGCAUCAUCAUCCGGAGUAUGCGGAUAAGCUGCUCAAUAUGAAGGCUUGGACGAGCCCUUUUCGAAUUUAUUGGAGCAUGCACAUUAUAACGCUAGUCUUAUCGAUUGUCAUUACGAUUAUUUACUGGACCAUACUCUAUGAUGCCAAUGAAAGUAAUUUAGAUGCCACCAAUGUGCUCACCCAUGCAUUCAACUCCAUUUGCAUGUUCAUUGAUCUGUGGAUUGUGGCACAUCCGUUGCGAUUGUUGCACGUGUUUCUGCCCGUCUUAUUUGGCAUUAUCUAUGCCAUAUUCUCCUACAUAUAUCAUCUGUGCGGCGGUAUUAACAAAAAGGGAAAGCCCUACAUCUACCAUGUGAUUGAUUGGAAUCAACCCCAUGCUGCUCUUGUGACUGUCUUGUGUGUCUUGGUGCUCUCUUGUUGCAUAUAUGCGUUGCUCUUUGUUUUCUUCAAGCUGCGUCUGUAUCUCUCCCGCAGCUGUCGUCAGGGCAGCUUUGUAUUGCCCACAACAAGCGGGAAGUCUGGCAAGGCCAACGACAGUCAGGCAACAGCGAAUGGCAUACAGCAUUCGCCCUCUCACAUCUCCAUGGUGCUGGGCAACUACGCCGGCUACGAGAACCGGGCGUACUCGCCCAGUGCGGGCGAGGCAAAGAAAACAAAGAGUUAGACUACGCUUAGUGACUGCCAGGUUAUGAGAGUUAGCAGAAAUUCACUCAAUGCUGUUAAAGGUAUAUAAAACCUAAGUCUACUCCACAUAUAUCUGGCAAUCUAAUCUAAGCUCAUUGUUCUUACGACUUUAGUCAAACUGUACAGUAGAAUUUUAAC